UAGUAUGGGCAAGAAGGAGGGUUUUCUUACUCCGAAGGCGAUCUCGAAUCGCAUCAAGGCGAAAGGCCUUCAAAAACUGCGAUGGUACUGUCAGAUGUGUCAGAAGCAGUGUCGAGACGAGAACGGCUUCAAAUGCCACAUGAUGUCUGAAUCGCAUCAGAGACAGCUGCUAUUGGUUGGAGAGAAUCCGGGACGUUACCUCUCCUAUUUCAGUGACGAAUUUCUUAGCGGUUUCAUGGACCUCCUGAGGCGGCAGUUCGGCACGCGGCGCGUGCACUGUAAUGUCGUCUACAAUGAGUACAUCAAGGACAGACAUCAUUUCCACAUGAACUCGACCAAAUGGGUGACGCUGACGGGUCUAGUCAAGUGGCUGGGACGUGAGGGAAUGUGCAAGGUCGACGAGACAGAGAAGGGAUGGUUCCUACAGUACAUAGAGAGAGAUCCCGAGACGUUGGCACGGCAGUCGGCUGCUGACAAGAAAUCGAAGAUGGAGAGAGACGACACGGACAGAGAACGGAGACUGAUGGAAAAGAUGGUGGAGAGAGGAGCUGCUAGCGGGAAAGACGAGGAGGAAGUCACCUACACGGAGUUACAGAGGGAAGACGAAGGGGAGAAGAUUGUGUUCAAACUGGGAGGAGGAAAGACGGAGAAGGGCGAAGAGAAAGCAGAGAGAGGUGAGUCAGUAGGCGCUGACAGUGUUGUGUUACCGCCUGCUGUCGUCGAUGUGGACCACAGGGAGAGGACCGAGAAACGAGCGAAGAAAGAGAGCAGGAAACGAACCGCUCUCGACGACAUCAUCGAGAUGGAGGAGAAAAAAAAGGCGAAGGCGGGACGACGAGAGGACUGGCUGUGCAAACGGAUUGUCGUCAAGGUCAUGCACAAGAAACUCGGCGAGAGACACUACAAGAAGAAGGGCGUCGUUCAUGGUAUCGAAGAUCGCUUUACGGGCAUCAUAAAGAUGAUAGACACAGGGGACACAUUAAAAGUCGAUCAAGCGCAUCUGGAGACGGUCAUCCCGGCGGUGGGAAAGACUGUGGUCAUCGUGAAUGGUGCAUACAGAGGCACAAAGGCCAUACUAAAAUCACUGGAUAUUGAGCAUUAUUGCGUGAGCGUAAAGCUCAAUGAAGGUCCUUGCCAUGGACGAGUACUUGAUGGGAUUGCGUACGAAGAUGUGUGUAAAGUGUCAGAGUGAAGCUCGUUUAUUUUCA